CCUAGGUACCAUAUUUAGAGGAAUUUCACACAUUACCAAGUGCAAAAUAUCAAGCGUCUCGUUUACAAUUGCAACAGAAUUCAUUAGUUUUUAGGACUAACUUUUUCUGCAUCUAAAACACAUUCACAAUGGCAUCUUCUGACGUUAUGUUGACUCACCUCAAGGAGCAAGAUCCUACUGUUGCUGAAAUUAUGAAAAAUGAGGCUGAGCGUCAACGUUCCUCCAUUGUGCUCAUUGCAUCCGAAAACUUUACUUCUCGUGCUGUUAUGGAUGCACUUGGCAGCGUUAUGAGCAACAAAUACUCUGAAGGCUACCCUGGCGCUCGUUACUAUGGUGGUAACAAGUAUAUUGAUCAAAUUGAAAGCCUUUGCCAAGAGCGUGCUCUUGCUGCUUUCAACCUUGAUUCUUCAAAGUGGGGUGUCAAUGUUCAAUGCCUCUCUGGUUCCCCUGCAAACCUUCAAGUCUACCAAGCUAUCAUGCCCCCUCAUGGCCGCUUGAUGGGUCUCGAUUUGCCUUCUGGUGGUCACCUUUCUCACGGUUACCAAACCGAUACCAAGAAGAUCAGUGCUGUUUCUGCUUACUUUGAAACUAUGCCUUACCGUGUUGACCCCAGCACUGGCAUCAUUGACUAUGAUACCCUUGAGAAGAAUGCUCAACUCUAUCGCCCAAAGAUUCUCGUUGCCGGUACUUCCGCCUACUGCCGCCUUAUUGACUACAAGCGUAUGCGUGAGAUUGCUGACAGCGUCAACGCUUAUCUAGUUGUUGAUAUGGCUCACAUUUCUGGUCUUAUUUCCGCCGGUGUCAUCCCUUCUCCCUUCGAAUACGCUGACGUUGUCACCACUACCACCCACAAGUCUCUUCGUGGUCCUCGUGGUGCUAUGAUUUUCUUCCGUCGUGGUCUUCGCAACCAUGACAAGAAGGGUAACCCUGUUUACUACGAUUUGGAAGAAAAAAUUAACUUCUCUGUCUUCCCUGGUCACCAAGGUGGUCCUCACAACCACACCAUCACUGCCUUGGCUGUUGCUUUGAAGCAAUGUCAAACCCCCGAAUACAAGCAAUACCAAGCCCAAGUUGUUAAGAACGCUAAGGUUUGUGAAGAGGAAUUCCGUAAGCGUGGUUAUAAGCUUGCUGCUGAUGGUACUGACAGUCAUAUGGUCUUGGUUGAUGUCAAGAGCAAGGGCAUUGAUGGUGCCCGUGCUGAGCGUAUCUUGGAAUUGAUUAAUAUUGCAACUAACAAGAACACUUUGCCCUCCGACAAGUCUGCCUUGUCUCCCUCUGGUAUCCGUAUAGGUACUCCUGCCAUGACUACUCGUGGCUUUAAUGAGCAAGACUUUGUUCGCGUUGUUGAGUACAUCGACCGUGCUAUCAACAUUGCUGCUGAUUUGCAAAAGAGCCUUCCUAAGGAAGCCAACAAGCUUAAGGACUUCAAGGCUAAGUUGGGUGAAGGUAAUCAAAUCAAUGAAGUUGUUCAACUCCAAAAGGAUAUUGUUGAGUGGGCUUCCAGCUUUCCUCUUGCCCAGUAAAGAACUCAAUCACGAAUACUAAAUUACACUACUUUAAUAGUGUCUAGUAUUUCUGAUAAUACUUAAAAACAUCUCAUGUACAUUUAAAUGAAUGUUAAGCAUCUAGUUCCGCAAGCUUGUUUCAAGUUUGGACAUUUUAUGUACAGUAUCUUUCAACAGAUCAGGGAACUACACUUUGCAUUAUUUUAUUUUUUGGUUACGAUUUAGCUUCAACUCUAAUACUUCGUUCAUUGACCUACCAGGAUACUGGUAGUAAUUGAUACAAUAAUAAUGUUAAUAACUGCAUCCUUCUAAUACAUUCUUACUUUUUUUUUACUUACUAAUCUACCUUUCACUGUAGCAUCGCAAUAUAUAUAACC